AUGUUCCACGGACUUUCAUUUCAACAAAUACGGUCCCUCGCUUUUCAAUUCGCAUGCAAGUUGAAGGAAAUUAAAGCCAGUAAAAAAGUGCCUGACUCCUGGACAGCGAAAAAUUCUGACGAAGAACCAGCAGCUACCAGAGAUUGGCUGCAUGGAUUUAUGAAGCACCACUCUGAUUUGAGUUUGCGCUGCCCUGUGCAAACUUCACUUGGUCGUGCCGCAGCCUUCAAUAAGCCAACAGUGGACGCAUUUUUUGACACUUACGAAAAGGUGUGCGAAUCACAUGAGUAUAAUGCUGCUGAUAUAUGGAAUAUGGAUGAGAAGGGACUGUCCACUGUCCACAAAACCAUAUUCGUUGUGGCGUCUAAAGGUACUAGAUGUGUUGGUGCAAUAAGUUCUGGUGAACGAGGUACGAAUAUGACAAUGGCACUCGCAGUGUCAGCUGCAGGCGAUCGAAUCCCACCUUUCUUCAUCUAUUCACGGGUAAAAUUCCAGGACAAGUUUUUACUGCAUAGCACUACGAAUGCAAGAGGAGUAGCAAAUGGUUCGGGAUGGCAGACAAGCGACACAUUUUUGGAAUGGCUGCAUCACUUCAAAAAUUACGCGAUCCGAUCCAGCACUGAGAAAACUUUGCUCAUCAUGGAUAACCACGAAUCACACAUGACGAUUUCUGGAUUAGACUUUUGUAAGGAGAAUAAUAUUGAAGUGUUAACUCUACCUCCGCACACCAGUCAUCGCAUGCAGCCUCUCGAUAGAGGAGUAUUUGGGCCUCUCAAAACGUAUUUUGAUCAUUCGUGCAAGGCGUGGAUGUUCAACCAUUCCGGCAUUCCUAUUACCAUCGACCUCAUAGCUGAACUGGUUGCUGAGCCGUUGUUGAACGGUGCUUCAAGCAUGAAUAUUGUCGCUGGAUUCAGAUCGACUGGCAUUUGGCCAUUUAAUCGCGACAUUUUUUCGGAAGAUGACUUCAUGCCUGCGUAUGUAACUGAUCGUCCAUACGAGGAAGAAGCCGAUCAAGAGGCUGGUCCAUCGAAUGCUAACCAAGAGACUGGACCAUCGAAUGCCAAGCAAGAGGCUGGUCCACCGAAUGCCCAUUGA